UCCCCCGACUAACAUGGAUGUCCCACCAUUCCUUGCAGUUGAAGGUUGCUCCUUGGCGCAGUGAAUGAAGAACAUGCAGGGAUUGCUAAUGGGUUUGGGAAGCGUAGACUCUCUCUUCUCUCUGUGACCAUGCCGUGAUCGUGUCUGAGGGCCAUCAGUUUACUUAUUCUCAUUCUCACCUUACCGAGAAACCUGACGGCUUAGAAGGGGGAAGUAAGGCUGCGCGUGUGUGCAUAGAAACAUCAUGAAGAUUAUUUCCCCUAUUCUAACUAAUCCAGUCUUCAGAUGCACCAUUAGACUCCUUCUUUGCUUACUGUGGAUUGGAUAUUCUCAAGGAACCACACAUGUAUUAAGAUUUGGAGGUAUUUUUGAGUGUGUGGAAUCUGGUCCAAUGGGAGCAGAAGAAUUAGCCUUCAGAUUUGCUGUGAACACAAUCAACAGAAACAGAACUCUUCUGCCAAACACUACAUUAACAUAUGACACCCAAAAGAUAAAUCUCUAUGACAGUUUUGAAGCAUCCAAAAAAGCCUGCGAUCAGCUAUCUCUUGGGGUAGCUGCCAUCUUUGGACCAUCCCAUAGCUCCUCAGCUAAUGCUGUACAAUCAAUCUGCAACGCUUUGGGUGUUCCACAUAUCCAGACCCGCUGGAAACAUCAGGUGUCGGACAACAAGGACUCCUUCUAUGUCAGCCUCUAUCCAGACUUCUCUUCACUCAGUCGUGCCAUCCUUGACCUUGUGCAGUUCUUCAAGUGGAAAACAGUUACUGUUGUUUAUGAUGACAGCACUGGCCUUAUUAGAUUACAAGAGCUCAUCAAGGCCCCAUCACGAUACAACCUGAGAUUAAAAAUCCGUCAGUUACCAGCUGACACAAAAGAUGCAAAGCCACUGUUAAAGGAGAUGAAAAGAGGAAAAGAAUUCCACGUCAUCUUUGACUGCAGCCAUGAAAUGGCAGCAGGCAUCUUGAAACAGGCUUUAGCUAUGGGGAUGAUGACAGAAUACUAUCACUAUAUCUUUACCACACUGGACCUGUUUGCCUUAGAUGUGGAACCAUAUCGGUAUAGUGGAGUUAAUAUGACAGGAUUCAGAAUUUUAAACACAGAAAACAGCCAAGUGUCAUCUAUCAUUGAAAAGUGGUCUAUGGAGCGAUUGCAAGCACCUCCUAAACCUGAUUCGGGUUUGCUGGAUGGAUUUAUGACGACGGAUGCAGCUCUAAUGUAUGAUGCGGUUCAUGUUGUGUCAGUGGCUGUCCAGCAGUUCCCACAGAUGACUGUCAGUUCACUACAGUGUAAUCGCCACAAACCAUGGCGCUUUGGGACCCGCUUUAUGAGUCUCAUUAAGGAGGCUCACUGGGAAGGCCUCACAGGAAGGAUAACUUUCAACAAAUCCAAUGGCUUAAGGACAGAUUUUGAUUUAGAUGUUAUAAGCCUCAAGGAAGAAGGUCUUGAAAAGGUUGGAACUUGGGAUCCACUGAGUGGCCUUAACAUGACAGAGAAUCAGAAAGGAAAACCAGCAAACAUCACAGAUUCUCUGUCCAACCGUUCAUUAAUAGUUACCACCAUCUUGGAAGAGCCAUAUGUAAUGUUCAAGAAGUCAGAUAAACCUUUGUAUGGAAAUGAUCGAUUUGAAGGUUAUUGCAUUGACCUCCUCAGGGAGCUGUCUACUAUCCUUGGAUUUUCCUAUGAGAUUAGACUGGUGGAGGAUGGAAAAUAUGGAGCCCAGGAGGAUGCCAGUGGACAGUGGAAUGGAAUGGUUCGUGAAUUAAUUGAUCAUAAAGCUGACCUUGCAGUUGCACCGUUGGCAAUUACCUAUGUUCGUGAGAAAGUCAUCGACUUUUCCAAGCCGUUUAUGACUCUUGGAAUAAGUAUUUUGUACCGCAAGCCCAAUGGUACAAACCCGGGCGUCUUCUCCUUCCUGAAUCCUCUCUCCCCUGAUAUCUGGAUGUAUAUUCUGCUGGCUUACUUGGGUGUCAGUUGUGUGCUCUUUGUCAUAGCCAGGUUUAGUCCAUAUGAGUGGUAUAAUCCACACCCUUGCAACCCUGACUCAGACGUGGUGGAAAACAAUUUUACCUUGCUAAAUAGUUUCUGGUUUGGAGUUGGAGCUCUCAUGCAGCAAGGUUCUGAGCUCAUGCCCAAAGCCCUCUCCACCAGGAUAGUGGGAGGCAUUUGGUGGUUUUUCACACUUAUCAUCAUUUCCUCGUACACUGCUAACCUAGCCGCCUUUCUGACAGUGGAACGUAUGGAAUCCCCUAUUGAUUCUGCAGAUGACUUGGCUAAGCAGACAAAGAUAGAGUAUGGGGCUGUUGAAGAUGGAGCAACCAUGACUUUCUUUAAGAAAUCAAAAAUCUCCACUUAUGAUAAGAUGUGGGCCUUCAUGAGUAGCAGGAGGCAAUCAGUACUUGUUAAAAGCAAUGAAGAAGGCAUCCAGCGUGUGCUUACCUCUGACUACGCAUUUUUAAUGGAGUCGACAACCAUUGAGUUUGUCACACAGCGGAACUGUAACCUAACACAGAUUGGAGGCCUGAUAGACUCAAAAGGUUAUGGCGUGGGAACUCCCAUGGGUUCCCCAUAUAGAGACAAGAUCACUAUAGCAAUUCUACAGCUGCAAGAGGAAGGAAAACUUCACAUGAUGAAAGAGAAAUGGUGGAGAGGCAAUGGCUGCCCAGAGGAGGAAAGCAAAGAGGCCAGUGCUUUGGGAGUCCAAAAUAUUGGAGGAAUCUUUAUUGUCCUGGCAGCAGGAUUGGUGCUUUCUGUCUUCGUGGCAGUUGGGGAGUUUUUGUACAAAUCCAAAAAAAAUGCCCAGUUGGAAAAGAGGUCCUUCUGUAGUGCCAUGGUAGAGGAGCUAAGGAUGUCUCUGAAGUGUCAGCGUCGAUUAAAACACAAGCCACAGGCCCCUGUUAUUGUGAAAACAGAAGAAGUUAUCAACAUGCACACAUUUAACGACAGAAGGUUGCCGGGUAAAGAAACCAUGGCGUAGAGCUGGGAAGCCUAACACCCCAAGCACAAACUGUCGUCCUUUUUCCAAACAACCUUGCGAGAAUGUUUCCUGUGGAAAUAUGCAACCUGUGCAAAAUAAAAUGAGUUACCUCAUGCCGCUGUGUCUAUGAACUAGAGACUCUGUGAUCUCAACAGUUGCAAUGGCCAGACUCAAAUCACAAGCAUCAUGGAUCAACCAAGUUAUGCAGGGUUACACCGUUCGUCAUGGGUUUCCACCAUUAUGAAUGAAUGAAUGUUCCAUAUGAGUUUUGUGGCUGGUUUCAAAUGCAGUCUCAAUGAGAAAUUGCAGGU